GUUUAGCUAAUCAGGUGCUGGUGUGAGUGUGGUCGGGGGCUUGUGGGGUACCAGCAGCACCUGCUGUGGGUGGGCUUGACCUCAGCAUCAAAGAGUAUUUUAUUCUUGAACAGCACUGGCCACAUUCUCUCCUUGAGUAUGUGGUUUCAGGAAAUGGAAUUGUCUUGAAACUUUGCAUGGAAAAUGCUUAGUGUGCUCUCUGGCUUUCAGAAUUGGAAAAAGAGUUAGGGCUGCCUAUCAUGUGGUGUGAAUGUGCCUCAUUCUUCUGCUUUGGAUAAAGAUAUGGAAGCUGUCUUCAAACAGUGUGGAUCAGAGAAGCUGUCUUUUUGGAGAAAUGUGUGAUACUUUGUCUAGAAAUUAUUUAAUUUCUCUUUGACCAAAACUACUGCUGUCAAUGAAAUAAUUCAGUGUUCUUGACUACACUGAACUACUAUAAGUACUAAUGCAGUAAGGAUGAUAAGUUUGGCUUCUGUGGAAAUACUGGGAAGCAUACUGGGGCCACUGAAGAAGUUUGGAAGGAGUGGUCAGGAGAGCAGCAGUCAUGUUAAGUCUGGUUAGCUUGUGAAAGGAAUGGUGCGUGUGGUCCCUGAGAUACAAGUGCUGGCUGCCUGACUCAGGUGGUCUCUACCAGUUCUGUGUCCCUAAGCUGUGUUUUGGACUAUCUCAGACUGCCUCAGAGGGUUACUUAGCUUGGGUCAGACCACCCCAGUCUGCUCUUUUUUUCACCAAAGAUCAGUCUCUACCCUUGCCGUGGCUCACAUGAUAAGCUUAGAUUAAACACCUAGUUCUUGAUAGCAGCCACCUGCCUUGCACGCCUGGACAGGUAAAAAGCUGCAUUCUUCUCCUUCUUGGAUGGUUACCUUGGAAGACACAGUUCAGGCCUGUGACUGGCAGAGCAGUACUGAGCAGGAGAGAACACUGGGUGCUUUAAGCUUGUGCUCUACUGUCUGUGUUUAACAUAAUCCAGGAGCCAUGUGUUUCUAAUUGUAUCUGGUAAUUCAAAGAUCAAUGACACGUGUUGGAAGGACCUUCACUAUUGCACUCAAAACUGUAUGGCUUCUUAGGUGAGUGAAGCUUAUUUCUUCACCUGCUAAGUAAUACUACUUCACCAGCCAGUGCAUGGAGCUUCACUGGCUGGAGAAGUAAUAUUACUUGGUAGGUUUCUGCUGAAGGAGAGGAAAUAAACUCAGUGCGGAUUCUCUUUCUGCGUAUGGGUCUAUAUAGCUCUGGAUGCUAGAGUCAGGUAAUUGCUUGAGCACGGGGUGAACUGCCUGAACUCUGGGCAUUCUUCAGUGAGCAGAGUGGGUGGCAGCACUGUAGACAUAGUCUCAAGUCUUGCCAGUACCUGUAUGCUAGCUGGGAUUGUGUUUCUUCACUGUGUUUCUCCGUUGCUGGUUGUGCCUCAUCAUGGAAACACAGAUGUGGACAGUAGGAGAGGUAGGAGCAUUAGCCUGACUUGGGCCAUGGCUCUAUAUCAGGAAGCAGAAAUAUGGCAGACUGGCUGAGGAAACUAUAGCAAAUGUACUUUUUGUUGCGCCCUUGCCAAUGUGAGUUGGAGGAAGGAUAUGGGGCAGGCUGGCAGCCAGCAGACCUGACCUGCUUGAGUACUGGCAGCCCUGCACACUCUGAGGUGGACCCAACUAGAAAGCUACUGAGCAGGGCUACUCAGUCUACUCUGUGCAAUGAUUUGCCCUCAUGGGUGCUGCACGCAUUUUGCCAGGCUACUGGUCUGUGCCCAGGGGGAGCUGACAGGUGGUGUAUUCGCAGAGGAAAGCUGCCAGUGCUGUUGGGAAGCAAGGGAGCAUUUGGUGCCAUGUCUGGGCUUGCUGUCAGCAUGGAGCUGCAUGUGCUCCAUGAGUGCAUAUCCUGGCCUCGAAGUGCUUAGUCCUGUGAAUAAGCCCAUUGCUCCACACUGCAAGGUCCUUCAGGUACCUGUCCCCAUGCAAGUUCUGCAUCCAGUGGUCCUGUGUUUGAAGACCUGGCUGGGGGUAAAGGUGCCUGGUCUGAAGCUGUACUAGCUGAAAAGAGGCCGUCGCACCUCUCCUAGCCUGGCUUUCCCCAUCAGACCCUUUGCUUCUUUGCUAGCUUGUGCUUCAGGUCCUCAGAAGCGGCCCUGAGCACUGUUGCUGUAGAGUAGUUGCAAUGGCAUAGGAAAGGGGAAAGUUGCUUUCCUGUUUGCUAAUCAGGGCUGUGCAGGCAGGGAUUGAGGAAGGAUGGCUCUGCACUGGCUCAGGAUGUUUUGGAAACAAUGCCUAUUUAUAGGAGAGGGCAGGGAGCCCUCGCUGCCUGGAGCAGCCUGGCUGUGUGGGAAGAGGGUCUUGCAGUGGGGUGCGGUAGCACUGCAGUACCCUGGGCAAGGGAGUCGGGGAGAGUGGGGUAGGUGUGGUUUGCUGUUUUGUGUGUUCUCUGUCAUUCUCAAACUUGUUCUGCUCUCUCCCUGGCCCUCUGUUAGGGGAUCAGCAGCUCUCUUGUGUCCCCUGCCUACACCUUGCUACUGGCAGGAGUGGGGAGGGGGUGCUGUGCUGCGCUGGAGCUGGUGCUGGAGUUGCAGUGCCAUCUACACAGUAGUAGCUUUAUCUCGCUUCUUUGGGGACGUGCUGGGUUGUGGUCAGGAGCGGUGUGGCUAUGAAAGUGUUGAGGACAGGGCGGAGCGCUGAUGAAGGACAAGAGGGCUGAUGAUGGAGCAAAUAUCAGUUGCAAUAUCAGCAAGUUCAGUUGCUUACCUAGAUUGUCCAAGUUUAGCCCAUUCACUGCUGAGUGGGAGAGUUAGCGGCAGCUGUCUGGGACAAUGUGAUAAGCAGUGCCAGACUGCAAGAACCUACACUGUUCUCUCUGGAGACAGGCAGCAGUGAGCUUCUUGCCACAGUGAGCAAUGCUGCUUUGGUAGAGAGUGUGAAAGUGCAGCAGAAAGCCGAGGCUUGGUGCCAUGUGUGCCCAAGCCAUCACUAGGUUGCUUGGGGAGCCCUGGGCUGUCCUAUGUCAAUGAGCUUUCUCACUAACUAUAUCAAGUAGGUCUGCCAAGGCCAGUGCUUUUCUAUUAAUUGCACCGCAUAUGCCUCUGCCAAGCAGAUCAGCAAUGCCAGGGAUAGAGCCAGGGUAGCGCUGGAGCCCUGGAAUUUGAGGUGUGGUAUCAACGGUGGGAAGGAUGCAGGCCUCUGCUGCGGUAGGGGCUCUCCACACCCAGCCUGGUGCGUGGAGAGCAUGAACCCUUGUCAGGCAGGUUUAAGCUCCUGUCUUCCAGCUUGGUUUGCUUCCCAUCCUUGGUUCUGCAAAUUCUUACAGACUCUGGUGAGUCAAUGAAGACUGGGUGUCGUAAUAGCAGCUUUGGAGGACACAUACCCAGUUUUUGGCAGUAAGAGCUAGCUGGAUCUGUCAGGUGGAGCCUGAGUACAGGCUUUGUUUGACUUAUGACCUGUGUUCCCACCUGAAGCAAGUCUGGCUUGCUUUCUGCAGAGGUCCUCUGUUUUUGCUGUAUGUUUGGAAUGGGGGCUGCUUGCUGCUCGUUCUGCCUUUUGCAGGGAGACUUCUUAGUGCCAGGGGAAUGUUACUGAAGCCAGCGUGGCCAGGCUUGCUGCAUGGCGACCUGGCCUGAACCCAAGCUUUGCUGAGUGCUUGUCUCCUAAUACAAAUGGAGAACAUUAAAUAGACCUGGAGGGUUGGAGCUUCUGAAAUGGGGUAACUGCCUGGAGAAUGGGAGGAACAGAGCAUAUUAGAGCCUGUGGGCUGCUGUCUACUGUCCAAGAUGAGUUUUCAACCGUGCUGGCAUAUCUGAAAAUAUUGGGGAUGCCUUGUAAGCUACAAGUAGAGCCAAAGGGCUCCGAGGCUGGGGACUCCCCAUAUGAAAUGUCUCUGCUGAGGUCAUACAGGACCUGUAGGUGCUGGGUCUUUAGCAUUCCUUCUCCUCUGCUAAUCUAAACACAGGGCUAUUUUCCUCAUGAGCAUGAGAACUCACCAGUUUCCUCAGCCUUUUGGCCUCUGUUGUAUGCCUUUUAAAACUUCCCUGGCUGCAAGCCACAGGCUGGGCACCACUGCCCUCCAGUCUCACUGAUAGCAAAUUCAGGUCAGGUGUUGACAAGCAGAACAUCAGACAGGUUUUUACUUGUGUUGUGCAGCAGGAGAACACUUCUGGGAGGAGGAGUGCAGUUGGGCUCUUCUCCAGUCAUCACAACUGUCCAAGUCCUCUUGUGUGAAGCAGCAGCCGUCCUGCUGCUGCUGACUCUCUGGAGAAGAUGAUGUGGUUCCCUUUCUAUAGAGCUGAUGUGGUUGUGCUAGCAGGCAGUCCUUGCAGAGCUGACACCCAGGGGCUCGUGGACACUACUGGGUGCUUUGGAGUCUCAUGCCAGCUUGAUGCGUGCAGAACACGGGUGGACCUGGACAAGGCUGGAGAUGGGGUGUUUGUAAGCACAUUGGCACUUGCCAUGCACCCAACAGGGUCAGUGGACAGUAGCUUCUCCCGCUCUGCUGUGCAGACCCUCUCCCGGAGCCACUGCCGCAACAUCAAACAGAAGAUCUCCCAGUGGGAGGGGAGGACACGAGGGUGCUCCAGCAAGGAGAAACAGCAGUUGAAGGACUUCGGAGUAAAGUAUGAUACCAGCUGCCAUGCUGUACCCAAAGUAAAGCCAGAACAUACAGAGAAGGGCAGAAAGACUGGGUCCAAAGAUCCAAAGAGCCUGGGUUUGGACUUCAGGGAAGAUGCACAGAGCUGCUUGCAGACUGGUGACUGUGGUGACCUCAAGCCCUGUGUGUGCAGCCUAGCUUCCCAAGGCAAGGAGAAAGGAGAGUGGCAAGCAGGCUUCCUGGACCCAGGGGCGACACUGCCCCCAGGGAACUUCUAUACCUCACAAACUCUGUGGAGGAGAGUAGAUCCCCUUCUGUCUGGCAGAGCCCCACGAUUUCCCUUGGCCCUUCAGAGGAAGCAAGGGAGCUGUUGCUCCACGGAAAGAGAACUUAAAGGAGUGGACUCUCUCUGCAGGGCGGAGAGGAGCUUGAAAAACAUUUACUCUGAGGCUGAGGGGCAAGAGGAGCCAGCUGCUAUCCCACCACCCAAGCCCCGUAGGACUUUCCGCUAUCUUGCAGAAAAGGGUGCUAGUAGCUGUAGUGAUGCCAGUGCUACCAGGGAAGCUCCCCUGCAAAAGCAGCAUGAAGGAAACUUGGUGUCAUCCUCCAACAAGCCUGAGAAGAGAAUAGCCAGCAGGAGGAUCAGAGGGAGAACCCAGAGGAAAUCUUUUGAGUUUGAGGACAUCCAGGGCUUCCGCAACCGGAUGGCAACCACAAACUCCCACAGACUUCGAGAAGAGACAAAUGGCACUACAGGAUCCCGGCUAGUCUACACACAGUCAGAAGACAACAUCUACGAGGACAUUAUCUGUCCUGCAAAAGAGAACCCCUAUGAAGAUAUUGGAGCACUGCCCUUACCCCUGUGGAAGGUCCCAUCUGUCUGGAAGCUACCACCCCCCCGGAGCACCAGUAGGGCUCCCAAGCCUCCCCCAAAACCUCCCUUCCUCAGUCGCAAGACUCUUGAGCUAAAGCCCUCCCAGACAAGUUUCCAAGGGAAAAUGGUGAAGGACACAACCCUGCCUGUCACACUGACCGAGUGGAAGCUGUUCCGAGCAGUAGAGGCUGCUAGCAGGAAAAAGAACUUGCCCUGGCUGGUACUAAAAAUACAGGAGAUCUUUGAUUCUAAGCGUGGAAAGAAGAGGGUGAAGUUGUGCAGUCCUGCUGGGAGAGAAGUGCCUCCAAUGAAAGGUGAAACCAGUGGGAAUGAAAGUGAUACGGAAAAUCAGCCAAAAAGUCGACAGAGGUGCCUGCUGCAGGUGCAGUCAGCCUCCAACAGGAACCCGCACUACCAGACUUUGGAGAGGGAUUUGAUAGAGCUUCAGGAGCAGCGGCUAUUUGAGCUGUUUGUGGUGGUGUCUCUGCAUAAGAAAGCAUCUGAGAUGACAUACACACCACAGAUCAUACAGCAGUUUCCCAUCAAGCCUGAACAUCCCUUCAGACAGUCAAAGGAUACUGAAGAGAGGCUAAAGGUCAUUCCAAAAUUCUGCUUUCCAGAUCCCAAAGACUGGUGUCCUACAUCAGACCUUAAAAGUGAAACAUUUUCUUUUGUCUUGACGGGUGAGGAUGGCAGCCGCUGGUUUGGGUACUGCAAGAAGCUGCUGCCAGAAGGGAAAGGGAAGCGCCUUCCUGAGGUAUACUGCAUCGUUAGCCGCCUGGGCUGCUUCAACCUCUUCUCCAAGAUUUUGGAUGAAGUGGAGAAGAGGCGAGAGAUGUCCCCAGCCCUAGUACACCCAUUUAUGCGCAGUGUAAUGGAGGCACCUUUCCCUGCUCCUGGUCGCAUGAUUACUGUGAGGAGUUUCCUGCCAGGAGCAGGACAUGAGCGCUCUGCAUCUCUGCUUGCCUCUCAGGUGAUGGAACUCUGCCGUCCAUUGGAUUCUCGACUUGAACAUGUUGACUUUGAAUGCCUGUUUAAGUGUCUAAGUGUCUCUCACACGAUUCGGGUCUUUGCGUCUCUCCUGCUGGAAAGGAGGGUGAUCUUUGUUGCUGACAACUUAAGCACUCUGUCUAAAUGUGGCCAUGCCGCAGUUGCAACGCUUUAUCCCUUCACUUGGCAACACACCUACAUACCAGUCCUACCAACUUCUAUGAUUGAUAUUGUGUGCUCUCCGACCCCGUUCUUAAUUGGCAUUCUCUCCUGCUCGUUACCACAGCUCCAGGACCUGCCCAUAGAAGAGGUUCUGAUUGUUGAUCUUUGUGCUGACAAGUUCUUGCAAGAGGUAUCAGAUGAAGAUGAGAUCCUGCCUCAUAAACUCCAGGCCGCGCUUGUACAAAUCUUGGAAGAACGAAGUGAAAUCUUGUCACAUGAGCAGAGUGAUGCACAAGGUGACAUGCCUCUUAACUCCCUGGUCUCUGAAGCUUUUGUGCAGUUCUUUGUGGAGAUUGUUGGACACUACUCCCUGCACAUGAAUGUCACAGAAAAAGGGGAGCGGGUGUUUCAGCGGGAACUGUUCCGUAAAUCUCACGUGUCACGCAAUGUGCGUCAUUUCUUGCACUUCUUCAUGGAAACGCAGAUGUUUGCAGGGUUCAUACAGGAUCGAGAGCUAAGUAAGAACGUGGUCAAAGGCCUUUUUGAGGUCCGUGCCUUGGAGUAUUUGGAGAGUAUUCCAGAGACGGAACCAAGUGGAAUGAACAAAAUCCUUCGGAGUCUUGGAAGUAAAAUGAAAUUUCUUCAGAAGAAAUGAACGUGCGCUGCUGCGGGCCAGUGAAGCGGCGGCAGGCCGGGGCGGGGGGCGUGCCGUGCCGCCUGCCCCGCGGCCGGAGCCGGACUCCUCCCUGCCUCCAGGAGGGCUGGGGCUGCCCGGGGGCGCGGCCCCCCCCCCCCACGUGCCUCUGCAGCCGCUAAUAACCGACCACCCCGUGGCUCUAAUGAGCACCCCGUGGCUCCAAUAACCAGCCCAUGGCUCAAA